GUGUGAAAGUGUGUGUGUAUGUGUGUGUAUGUGUAGGAAAAAACCCUUCUGAUGUCCGCGGUAUCAACAGCUCCAAUUAGCCAACCUUUAUACGCCGGCUUUGCGUUUCUCCCCGUUGUCCUCUGGCUGUCAAUCGCUGCAGGAUUUGUUGGGAGUUUUUGGAGCGCCUCUCUGCAUCUGCGAGGAUGCUGCUGUGCCUGCUGUUUUUCCUGCAUGCCCGCUCCUCGGCCCAGCGGUCGGAGCCCAUGUUUUCUGCUGUAACCAAGACCGCUCUCCGUCCGGACUAUGAAAACAACCCCAGUCAACUUAACUACGGCAUGGCUGUCACUGAUGUGGACGGCGACGGAGACCUGGAGAUAUUUGUAGCUGGAUACAACGGUCCAAACCUGGUGCUGAAGUACGAUAAACAGAGAAAAGGGCUUGUCAACAUCGCCGUAGACGACCCGAGCUCCCCGUUCUAUGCGCUGAGGGACCGUCAAGGCAAUGCCAUAGGAGUGACAGCAUGCGACAUAGAUGGAGAUGGACGGGAGGAGAUUUAUGUCCUCAACACCAACAAUGCCUUCUCUGGUCGGGCGACAUACACAGACAAACUGUUCAAGUUUCGCAACGGUCGCUUCGAGGACCUGCUGAACGACGAUAUAAACGAGCACCGGGACGUGGCCAACCCCAUGGCCGGGCGCUCUGUGGCCUGCAUAGACAGAAAGGGUACCGGCCGCUAUGCUAUCUAUAUCGCUAACUACGCCAGCGGAAACGUGGGACCUCACGCUCUUAUAGAGAUGGACGAGGGAGCCAGUGACCUUUCCGAGGGAGUCGUUGCCCUCUCCAACGUUGCAGAGCAAGCUGGAGUUAACAAACUGAUUGGGGGAAGAGGUGUGGUGGUGGGGCCAAUUGUUAGUCAAACUCUAUCUGAUAUCUUCUGUGACAAUGAGUACGGAUCUAAUUUCCUGUUCAGAAACAACGGCGAUGGAACUUUUACUGAUGUUGCGCAGCAAGCUGGAGUGGAGGACCCCAUGCAGCAUGGCAGAGGGGUGGCACUGGCAGAUUUCAACCGUGACGGCAGGACUGACAUUGUGUACGGGAACUGGAAUGGACCUCACCGCCUAUACAUACAGCUAAACAACCGCAAGCAGAAAUUUAAGGACAUAGCUUCCCAGAAGUUUUCCAUGCCAUCUCCAGUGCGGACAGUUAUUGCUGCUGACUUUGAUAAUGACAAUGAGUUGGAGGUGUUCUUCAAUAACAUCGCCUAUAGGGGACCCUCAGCCAACAGACUCUUUAGGGUGAGCAGGAGAGAGCAUGCGGACCCCCAGAUAGAAGAGUUGAAUAUUGGGGAGGCCGCAGAGCCUGAUGGACGAGGAACCGGAGCCAUAGCCACAGAUAUUGAUGGUGACGGCCGCCUGGAACUCGUGGUGUCUCAUGGCGAAAGCGCAGCACAGCCGCUCUCUGUCUACAGAGUCAAUCAGGGCCUCACUAACUCAUGGCUCCGGGUGAUUCCCCGAACCAAGUUUGGAGCUUUUGCCCGAGGAGCUAAAGUGGUUGUCUACACAAAGAAGAGCGGCCCACACACACGGAUUAUUGAUGGGGGCUCGGGGUAUCUGUGUGAGAUGGAACCUGUCGCUCACUUUGGCCUCGGUAGGGAUAUGGCCACAAAUGUUGAAGUGUACUGGCCAGAUGGGCGCUCAAUAGCCCGUCCUCUGGAGCCUUCAGAGAUCAACUCAGUGCUGGAGAUCCCUUACCCAAAAGAUGAGGAGGAAGUGACUCCUACUGUGGAAAUCGAGUGCGGUCAUGGAUUUGCUCUAAAUGAGUUUGGCCGUUGCACAGAUAAAGAUGAAUGCACCCAGUUCCCCUCUAUGUGCCCCUCUGACCGUCCCAUCUGCACUAAUACCUAUGGCAGCUAUAAAUGCCGUGCCAAGAAGAGAUGCAACCAGGGCUUUGAGCCCAAUGACGAUGGGUCUGCCUGUGUGGCCCAGGUGGCUUACUUUGGAAGGACGCACUCUUCAGGGGAAUGCAAUGCUUUCCAUAUGCUUACUCUCACUCUGCUACCCGCCAUCUCUACUCAUCUGCAGAUAGGACUGCUGUAGCUUUACUCUUUUCUCCUCCGCUUUGCCGCUGAGCGUAGAUGUACAGAAACUGUGUGCAAACUUUUCUCUGAGAAAUAUUCUCCUACUUCUUCUCUAUGAAGCUCUGCUGUCUUUUCUUCACCGGUUACUGUAUAUACCUGGUUGUCACCGCUGCAGUAUUUUGCCCUGUGGCUCCUGGCCUCCUCUGGGAGUUUUGCCGUGAGCUACAGAGAUCAGAACUGUCACCUGUGGACCCCUGAUUUCAUUGCCUGGCAUUCAAAGUGUGACCUGAACUGAGGCCAAGUCAAUAAGGGAAGCUUUAGUAUAACCCCCCCCCCCCCGCACAUACAGAGAUGAAUCCACCGAGCAUGUUUAUUGGAGACAUUCCUCCUGUAUCUCUGCCAUACCACAAUGUGUAUUAAUCAUUACAGAUCAUUCUCACCUUGAUUAUAUGUUUACUGAAAAGCGUAUGAAUACAAAGCUUUAGGUUGUGUGUAUCUUUAUGUCUGUGUGGGUGACGUGUGUGUGCCUGAUUGUGCGUGGUCCAAUGAAGUGUUCAGGUACGGAAGCAUACGCCGGACCAUCUGUCGCCAAUGGCAGGACACAUUUCUUUUUAUUUAUUUAUUUAUUUUUUUUCAGGAAUAAAUUAUGAAAUAAAAUGGAGCAGAAAAUGGAUGCGGGGCUGUGUGUGUGUGGAGAAACGCAUACAGAGUGUGAGACUACAUCCGAUGAUUUGAAUGAAACAAACACUGAAAUGAAAUCAUGGGAAGGUGUCAGGAAGACUUACAAUACUUUACAAUGUUGGGUUAUUUUUUCCACAUCAGCAUCAAAAUGUUGAUCAAUUCACAGUAAGAUCUGCCUUUGCAAGUUCAAGUGUACAAAUCUAAAUGUGUGUAUACACUUUUUCUUUGCACAUCCCAAAUGUAUGUUGUUUACUAUUGCAUUGUUCAUAUUUGCUUUUAUGACUCUGAGCCAUAUGCCUGAAGAAAACCAUCUAGAUUUGCCCCUGAGGUUUAGUGGCAGUUUAGGUAAUUUUUUAACAAUUGAACCUUUAAAGUUGAGAGCAAGUCAUAAAACAAGUAGGACUCUUUAUUGUUCUGAAAAUAUGUAUGCUUCAAUAUGUUUUUACAUUGCUAUGUCCUGAGAAGUAAAAAAAUAAAAUAAAAUAAAAUAAAAAUACUGUACUGUGGCCAAAAAGAUGGCAAAAAAUAGAAAUAAUGAAGAUACUAACAAAAUCUUGAUGGACAGCUUGACUGUUCCUUGCUUUUCUGCAGGGAAGUGUCGGCUCAUGAAUGCACUUUAGAUUCAAAAAGUAUUUCUAACAGAAAUGUGAAUCCUCUGUCAAUGUUAAGAUACCAUUUAGAAUAUUUCUUUAUGCUGUUGGACUUACCAAAGUUCUUCUCUGUCGAGAUGAUUUCAGAUGUACUGAGUAAUCCUGAGUAAUCAUUUUUACGGAGCUCUGUCCAUAAAUAAAAAUUAAUUUAUUGUGUGUUUCUCUCAGGAGACUAUGAAUUGCUCACAGGUGGUGUUUUAUUCCACCAGCUUUUUAUCAUCUAUAGAGAUACACCAAAAUAUUUAGCAGCGCCCACUGUAAUGCAAGUCCUGAAUGUUUCAUAGUAUCAGUUUAUCAGAAAUUUCUUUUUUUCCUGAAAAAUAAAAUGGCAGCAGUCCAUUAAAAAGACAAUAAACUAAAAGUCACUUACUGUGGCUCUUUGCUCAGUCCAUUUUCACAUUGGUGGUUUGCUUUCUGUGGUCGCCAAAGAGUCUGUGGAUAGUUUAUGAAGGUUCAGAAGGCCAUGUCCACUUAAGUCAAAUAUUUUAAUAUGUUUUCACUGAAAUAUUUGUUGGACAGUUGACCACAGGCUGCUGCUAAGGUGAAACUUUAGAGGCAGGAAGAAAGGAAAUUUUUUUUUUCUUUUUUUUCCCCAUGGACGGACUCGGUUUCCUGACCGAGAAAUGAAAUGUGAUCUUCCAUUUUGCAGGAUGGGUCAGCUAAAUGCGUUGGAAGGACACAGCUGAACGUGUUCCAACAUUACUUCAGGGCUUUUCUUUCCAUUAAAAUCACGAUAGCUCUCAUUACUUCAGCUGGCUGUGUAAUCUCAAUUUGUUAAUUUUCUUUUAAGUGUCUUUUGAAAUCACUUGCAAUCCGAGUCCUCACUGCAUGUAAAUUUAUCAUCUAAAUCUAAAUGAAAUGUGUACAAUGUUUUUGUGGGUUCUGCCUUUCUAAACCCAGAGAGCGUCUCUGAAAUCAUAUAUUGUCAGUUCAGAGAUUUGAGUCCAGACUUGGUUGAACUUGAAGAAAAUGAAUAAAUGUAAAAUAAUCCACAAAGAUGCAUCAGCUUGUACUACCAACUUGUUUUUAGCAGGCAGCCAGUAUUUUAGGAGGGAGAAGAAAAAUACAGGUGCAGGUUUUAUCUGUGAACUAUACCUGGGUAGGGAGCGUGAUGUGUUUGUCAUAAUGAGUAGCAGUGCAGGUUUACAUCCAUGAUUCCCCAACUGUUUGUUUUGAGUUGUCCUUAUAUUUGAAAUAAAACCUGAAAUUCAAUGUUCAGGCUGUGAAUUAAGUCCUGUAGGCAUCGCCAUGGGAACACAUGGGGUUGCCAUAGCAUCUCUAAGGUAACAUAAGGGAUAAAUGCAGUUAUCUUUGGAAAUCUACACUGACUUCUGCGUUACCAGGUUCCUGCCUACAGGAGUUGUUUUAAUCAAUCAAUCAAAUUUUAUUUGUAUAGCAUAUUUCAGCAGCAAGGCAUUUCAAGGUGCUUUCCAUCAUAACAAACACAAAAGCACAAAGCCAUGCAACAUAGAAUCAGCAAUCAAAUCCUUACAUUGAGUCAAGUGCCAUAAUUAAAUUACGAAUUGAUUACGUUUCAAAUACAACUCUAAACAGGUGGGUUUUAAAGGAAGUCAGUGUUUCAGCCGUUUUACACAUUUCUGGAAGUUUGUUCCAGAUUUGUGGUGCAUAGAAGCUGAUGUUUUACAAACCCAAAUUUUCUGAAUUCUAAAAUUUCUUAUGUAAAUGUUUCAUCCUAAUAGUUAUUAAAUAACUUACUCUUUUGUGUGUUACUUCCAGCAUUUCCCAUCAGCCACCUAUAAAUGGGAUGCUGUAGCAUGUUCGGCACCCCAGCUUUUCAUGGCCUCGCCAGCGGGUGCGUACGUAUGUGAACUGGUGUUGUGACCUGGAAUCUUAUUUUUCUGCCUCAAAUCAGCAGCCACAAAGUCUUCAACAAAAAGAGGUUGCUCAUGCGAAGAUAACGCACAAUUCGCAGAAAAUGAUGCGGGAUCUGAAGGGAAUGGAAAUGACGAGAAAGCCUUUCUAAGUGGAAAAUAGGAGAAGGAAAGAGUGCCAAGAAAACACUGUCCAAACGGUGUUGGAGUAUGAUCUGCAGUUGUCAUUUCCUCUGCUGCAUCUGUUAUAUGCAUAUUUUUACCCCUGAUAAGUAAGUCAAGCCAUCUUUGCGCAAACUAUGCUAAUGCUGGCCUGAGGGCUCACUAAGGGUUACCGCAACUUUAGAUCAAAUACAUCUUUUCUUCCUUGCUUCUUGCUGCCAGAGAAUGUAAUUCGAUUUAAGCUUAUCAGAGUGAUUUAAGUGUGUCUGAAUACAGGAAUAAGUCACUGAUAUGACUGAUAAAACUUUUUCCGUUACCUCGUAAACAUGAGUGGCAUCACAUGGAACACAUCUUUGAGGAAGGUCAUAACUCUUUAUUUUUGGCUCGUGUUUUAUUCAGAAAAGAAGACAUAUGAUAUGCAGAUAUAACAAACUAUCAUAUUUUUUUCUUCUAUUUACAGCAAGAUUCUUAAAACACCACGGUCUGACAGAGAACUUCAGACCAUUAUUUCUUGAAAAUUAAGAUCUAAACCUGUACAUAAGAGACGUACAAAUAAAACUGAUUAUAGCCAAAUGUGCAACGUGACAAAUGUGCAAAUGAGGAUAAAUUUCACAUGGCAUAAAUUUUUAACUUUUUAUCAAACAAUUUGUGAACAAAUGUUCCAGAUUUGAAAUCUAGCACUCGUAUUCUACUAAUCUGAUUGUAUAAAUUCUUUGUUCAAAGGAAUUUAAGCAACAUCACUUAACAAGUUCUACUCCCCUGAUCUGAGUGUAUAUUAAUUUCUGGUGCUGGCGGUUUAUUCUUUCUUUUCUUCCUCCCUUUGUUCCUUUCUUUCUUGUUCAGCCAGCAGAGUAACAACUGCGGUGCACAUUGUACAGGCGCACCCCAUGUAAACCCAAGUACAUGUAUUUCACACAUGCCACAUUUUACUAUGUGAGAGUUCACAUUUGCUUUAUUAAGUGGGAUUUUGUAAAUGUAAAAUUCACAUUAUUUAUUUUUUUUUUCCAUAAAGGGAGUAACAUAUUGUUUUCAUUAGCUUGGAAUGAGCUAUGUCAUUUACAUUGGAAGCUGCUCUUUAUCUUAGAGGUUUUGCCGGGUUCUGGGAAGUCCAAGAACAACAAACCAAAGUCUGUCCUGUGAUCCAACCCUAUGUUCUAACCCUGGAUGUUGCCCACCACCAGCAUCAGAGUUCUACUUUGUUUUGCUUUGUUAAUGCAGACUAAUGUUCCAAAAUGACCUAAAUGGACGAGUUUCAACAUUGAAACCAUGUUUCAAAAAAUUCUUUCUACUGCCUUCUUUCCUUUCCUGCUGUUACCGAUUCAUGAGAUAGGAAGUAAAUAGGCUAGAGAUACAUUGCUAGGUCUUUUUUCUUAACAGGAAUUGUAACAUGUAUUUGAAAAUGUAGAAUAUCGGUUUUAUGUGUUUCCCGGUCAGAACAGGUUCAUCCAUAUUAUAAACGGAACAGACUUUUCUUUCCUUCAAUAAAAAUACCACAUUCUUCUGAAUAAAAAGCAUGAGACUCAAGUCAUACUAACAAUGCUUUGUUUGUGAUAGAGAGACCUGAAAAGGUUCUUAAAGUGCUCUAAGUUUGCAGCUUCUUGGUUUUGGCUCCGUUUAUUUUUAAUUUAAAAUUUCCAGCUCCCUCCCUUGAGACAUCCUGUGGUUUCCUAAAGUUGACUUUUAGCAGCAGAGGUAUAUUUUAACAGUGUUUUCAGGAAACUGCAUUUUUUGACUUGUUUCACCUUUACAUUCAGAGAAUCAAAGAAAGAUCAAAAAUCGUUGUUUGUUAAAUGCAUUAUAAUCUGAGAGAGAUAUUGACUGAAGUGUCCAUUAAUAAAAUCAAAAUGUAAACUUAC